GUAACAUACAUGGAUAUAUAAUAAAUGAGAUAUACGUUCAUAUAAAAGGAGAAUUAUGACUUGAGUGAGUACAUGCGUUGAAACAAUGACAGAUAUAUUAUCAAGUGGGUUACAAGCAACAUUUAGGGACUGUGACCGUGCACAAUAUGGUAUCUUACAUAACAAAGCAUUAGACCACAACGGAAAAUAUAUUGACAUCCAGAAAUCCACACAGGACCAGCGUGUAGGAAAAAGUAUUUUAAACGUGCCGACAGUAAAUAUCAUCGAUGAGAACGUUCCUAGCUAUACACCUAAAUCUGAAACAACUACAAAUGAAUUGUGUCAUGGUGUAGAGAUAUCAAGUGAAGAGUGUGAAAAUGAGGACGAGAACAUGACAACUGAUCCUCUACACGAAGGUUGUAGCGGGAAUUUAAGAAAAGGUUAUGAUGCGUUUGAAGACUUCUGUUUAAGGUUUUGGUGGAAAUCUAUCAAAUCGUUCGAUCGUGAAGAAUAUCGGAACAUCUUCCGGGCACAUACGUUGGUAACAGCAGUACUUUGUAUUUCGUUCUUCUAUUAUGAUAUAGUAUCUGAUACUUUGUUGGCUAUACAGUAUUACAAUGACGGUAAUUUUAGAGCUUUUAUAUUUACUACAGCGUUUAUUGCCCUUCCACUUUUUGUUGUCAACGUAAUGAAUAUCUAUCUUAUUAUAAACAGAAAACAUUGUUCGUGGGAGGAUUCCAAACAAUUCUUUAUAUCAAAUGGAAAACAAAUUAAAAUAACACAAUGCAUUAAAGCAAACGAAAAAACAAAAGAAAUAAACGCACAACGAAAGUUCAAGGUCAAAAAUGAAAAUAAUAAUGUUGAGGAGGACGAGUCGAGAGAAGCUGAUGAUGAUGGCAAUGUUUCUGGACCAUUAGCAAAGACAUUAAGAUGUCUCGUUUCGUUUCCAUUACUCUCUGGUACCGUAGACAGAACCUUUACACAUAUUUAUCAUGGAAUAAAGAGCAGGUCAAAAUUCACAAAUGAUGAGAUGCGCAAAAAACACUACACAUACAGUUUGGAAAACAAUGCAGCCGAAACAAGAUUGAAAAUUAUUGAGGCUUUUAUGGAGGCAACCCCGCAGCUAAUGCUUCAGAUAUAUUUUACUUUGACAGCACCAGUAGAUGAAGAUAUCAGUACACAAAUGUUUCGUGCAGCAUCAAUGCUCGGAUCCUGGAUAAGUGUAACAGCUUCAGUUCUAGCUUAUACAAACGCUAUGUAUGAUCUAACUGAAAACAAAGUAUCAGUGGUAUACAGAUUUCUGCGAUUUGUCCAAACUGCAUCUGGAAUUGGAUUAAGAAUAGUGCUUAUUCCAAUAUUCACUGUAGAAUUCAGUUACUAUGUAAUUGUAAUUGUAUUCUCUCAUUGGUUGCUUAUGGUAGUCACUCUGUUGUACAGAGAAUGUACACGUAAAUCCUCAAGGAUAAAGAGUCAAAGAAAAGCAGUCUUUCUUUCUAUUUUCAGCUACAGGAGUGUUAUUUUAAUUUUCACGUCUGCGACUACUGCAAAACGCCACCUUGAAUCCAUUAGAGGAGAAAUGCUGUAUAAUUUUCUUGUUUAUGCUGAAAAUUUAACCAUGUUUGCUCUUUGGAUCAGUACAACUUUGAUAACUGGACUCUAUUACAAUGUAAUCAUAAGAUUUAUAGCAACAUUAGAAGGUUUGAGAGUAGGGUCAUUUUUAAUUAGACACUUGUACAAAUGUAUGUGUGCAAAACAAAAAUUGGGAAAUGAUCUUUGACAUCUGUAUCUUACAUAUAUAACAAUCUUCGAGAAUACCAUUAAAGUGUUAUUUUAUGAUAAAAGAGAUGAUUUUUCAUUUCCUAUUGUUAAUCAUAAAUUUUUAGAUGAUGACGUUCCCUUGUCACCAUCUUAUGGUGUUUAUAUAUCUCAACUUGUACGAUUCGCUGGUGUAUGUAACAACGUAUGAGAUUUUAGCGAAAGAAAUCUAUAUAUUACUAAAAAUUAUUACACCAGGGUUUUCGAUAUCACAAACUAGUCAAAACAUUUACUAAAUUUUAUCAUCGGUACAAGGACAUCAUUCGGAAAUAUAAAUCAACAUGCAGACAUCUUUACGGUUAAGGUAUUUCACAUCCGAUCUUUUAUGGUAAUAUUCUUUACAAAGCACAAAAAUGUCGGCAUUCACCUCAAAAGCUAACAAAACCUUUAAACAGACUUAUUAAGAAGGGAUAUAGUUACGAUACUGUUGUCAGGUCAUUAAAGAUGGCAUAUUUUGGCUUCAAUAUUGAUUCACUUAUAGGGUCUUUGCAUCGGAAAUAAACACAUUUAUUCUAAAACCAGUUGUUGGCAUGAUACGGGUUAUGUUCUUCUCAUAUAUUUUAUGAUCGUAUGAUACUCAACCCCUAACGGGAGGGAUUGUGCUUAAUAUUCAUAUGAUGAAGACAUAAUCUUUCAAUCAGUUUAAUUGAGGUCUGGAGCUGGCAUGUCAGUAACUACUAGUAGUCCUUUGUUAAUUUAUGUAUCAUUAUCGUUUUGUUUAGUUUCUUUUGUUACCUUUUCUGACAUCUGACUAGGACUUCUUUUAAACUGGGUUUUACUGUGCGUAUUGCUGUGUGUUUUUUCUACAUUGGCUAGAGGUAUAGGGGCAGGGAUGAGAUCUCAAAAAACAUGUUAAUCCCCGCCGCAUUUUAGCGCCUGUCCCAUGUCAGGAGCCUCUCGCCUUUGUUAGUCUUGUAAGAUUUUUAAUUUUAGUUUCUUUUAUAUAUUUCGGAGCUUAGUAUGAAUUCCAUUAUCACUGAACUAGUACACAUUUUUUAUUUAGGCGCCAGCUGUAGCACGCCUUCGGGUGCGGGAUUUUCUCGCUGUAUUGAAGACCCACUGGUGGCCUUCGGCUGUUUACCGCUCUUUGGUCGGAUUGUUGCUCUUUGACACAUUCCCCAUUUCCAUUCUCAAUUUUAUAUUCGUUUUCAUUUAAGUAUAAUACUGCAUAAAUUACCAGUUUAUAACCAUACUAUUUCACGUACAUCAUUUUUAUUAGGUUAACGCGUGUAGGUGUAUAUUCCGUAUUUUUUAUAUUAUCUAUCUUUCCUUGUUUUGUUAUUGAUAUGGGCUUAUUAUCAUUAUUUAUUUCUAUUAUUAUUUAUUUCUUUUAUAUCAUUUAUUCAUAUCAUUAUGGCUUUUAUUUUUUGCUAAGGUUGCUUUUCCGAAUAUUUUGAAUCUCCAUACAUAAUCAAGAAAGUGUUUUCGAUGAGACAAACAUUCUUUUCCGAUUAGAACAUUACAGAAUGCGACUUAUCGCAGAAAAUUUUUCAGACGGAGAGGAAACUGUUUGUCUGUGCGGAGCACAUUAACAAAUACUUGAUUUUGAGUUGGUUUCGUGUUCUUCAAUUUUUGGCGAUUCUAUGUAAUGUAUUGUCAUUCUAGUUUAUCCGUUUCCUCAAUCUUUUUUGGCAUAUAUUGUGGUGUAUUAUACAUUUGAAUACUCUUUAGUUACUAUAUUUUUAAACAAUCAAUUCUUAUACAGAUAUAAAAAAAUAGUCAUCUUAGUCUUAAAUACAUGAUUUUUUUUAUUUAAGGAAUGACUGUAAUAUUUUUUGUCUAUUCGAAAUAACAUAAAAAAUGUGGUGCACACUGAAUAACCCGCAUAGCGGGUUAUUUAAAGUGUACACCACAUUUUUGGUGUUAUUUCGAAUAGACAGAAAACAUAUUACAGUCAGUCCUUAUAAUUUAAUUCUAAAUUCCAUUUUUAAAAAGCCAAGUAAAUCUUUAAAUAACGUCGAUGACGUCCCGUUCACAUGACAAAAUUAUGUCUAUGAGCUGAUCAGCCAAUCAGAAGACGAGUUACAUCGAAAAUAAAAUUAUUAGUUGUUACUGGCUUUGAACUAGCUGUCAGUAACUGCGAAUACUCUCAGAUGUGUACUUAGUAUCUUUUUUGUUGUGAUGGAUGGGGGAUGGAUAUAUACCCUGCCACGUCCUUUCUGUGUUUUUGUUUGAUGUUUUUCUUUGUAUCGACAUAUGUCUGAUGAGUUAAGCCCUUUUUAACUAUUUUUUUAUAGUUUGUUCUUAAGUUAUGCUCUUACACCACUGUCCCAGGUUAGGUGAAGGGUUGAGCGCUCACAAACAUGUUUAACCGCGCCACAUUCUUUAUGUGCCUGUUAUAUUUUUUUUCAUAAAUUGUUUUGUUAUUAACUAGGUCGUUAGUUUUCAUGUCGGAGCCUUUUACAGCCAACUAUACGAUAUGUUUGUUUGUCAUUGAUGUACGAUUGCCUAUAACUGCUUGCAUCCAUUUUAUUUGAACUUCGUUGAAUUGUUGACAAUUAUACCACAUAUCUUUUUUUAUAAUCAUCAACAUAGGUUUUAAAUCUUGCUUGAUUUAUGACGUUCAGAUUUAAGAAUACGAAUUAGAUAUUGUUGAACUAAUUUUAAUAAAAUGCUGCUAGCAA